AUGAAGCGACAAAAAGAUGUACAGUUGGAAUCGAAACCAAAAAUACAAAAGCGUACUGAUUUUUUAAAUGAUUUAGAUGGACUCCUUGUCAGCUCCAAAAAUUUUAAUAAACUUUUUGUACAAAAAACAAGUCAAGAAUGGAUCAAAACACAAGUUGAAAAGCUUGUACAAAGUCGCACUCAUCUAUUUAGAUUUAUUGAAGUUUUAACAAACUUCAUUGUAUCUGGGAAUCAUCAUCCACAUGUUGUUCAACAAGUGCUAGUUUGGUUAGAUUAUUGUCUACAACACCAUUCAACUUCUAUGCAAACACCAGAAAUUCAGAAGCCUUUAAGGAAUUUGUGUUCAUAUUACUACGAAAUGAGUGAGAUGGGGAAUAUGUUUUUAAGGGCUGCGAACCGUGGUAGUGCCAUGGAAAAUUGGUCAAAUGUUCAAAAGCUUAUUGGUCAUUUCCCUCAUAGAUUUUAUUAUCCAAUUCUACCUAAAACAAAGUUUGUAUACAUUGAUGAUGAAAGUAAUCCUACCAGGAAAUCCGAUGCUCCACUGAAUUUAAAUAGUUCAGAAAACAAUGAAGAAAAUCUUGAUAUCCUGAAUGAUGAAUUUUUGGAUGUAGAUACAAUGUCAUCUUUGAUGAAAGAUGACUCAGAGUAUGAACAGGAAUCAUUGUAUCAAUCCGUUGAAGAAUCUGAUGCCGGUGUAUUUGAUGUCAAUGAACCACUGUCACCUGAUGCAGAACAGUUUUUAAAUACUAUAAAUGAUUGGGGAGAUGAAACUAUUCCGUCUGAAGCUGAAAGUGAUUCAGACAAAUUUAAUUAUCCUGGAAUAAAAGAUUCUGAGGACGACUUGUCUGUAUCAACCGAAAUAUCCUCAGCGUCUGUCAGUACAAGUCUGUUUCCGGAUGUUACUGAGCAAUUAGGAACCGUUGGGAAUGGUUGUGAUGUUAAUAAUGGUGAGAAAAAUAAGAAAGCCGUUAAGCCAUCCCCAAACAAUCGUCAAAAGAACCAUCGAUCAAACUCAAAAAUGACUACAUCUCAAAAACAGUGA